AUGCCUGCACCUUUACACUUAAUAUCUCAAAGUGUAGAUGUUUUAAGCAUUAUACUUAUCGGAUCGGAUGAUGUGAACAAUACAUGGAAGUUGAGCGGUUAUAACAACAUAAAUUGUAAAUUUGAAUUUCAAAAUGCAUCAUGGGACAUGUUGAAAUUUAUAGAAUUGGAAAUUCAACAGACUGAAAACGAUUCCGAUUGGUUGGGAGCAUUAAUCAUGUCUAUGGAAAUGUUAAAAGUUUACGAAGAGUAA